AAAAGGGGGGAAGAUGAAAGGUUGGGGUGUUACCAUAUGCCCCCCCACCAGACACCCCCACCCCUCCUCACCUCUAACCCCACACCGACGCUUCAGUUUCAACCUGAACCCCCCAACCCCCGAUCAAGCGCCCCACACGCACUGGCCCCCCUUUCACGUACCUCUGCCUCCCCCGUGUUCUCUCCCCCAUCUCUUUGCUCUCCAUCCCUCUCUUGUCCAGACAAGGCUGCUCGCAUGGCGGGGAUGGAGACGUUCACCGAUGGAAGCACUGAUAUCAGAAUGUCAAAGGCAGUAGAGGUUGAGAAAGUCGGGGCUGACUCACCACUGGAGGGCACAGAUUCAGAACGGAAUGGACCUGAAUCAAAUCACCAGGCUCAGUCAAUGAAACUCAGCUCCUUUCCUCUGUCGCCGAACCUGAGCAGCAGCAAAAACAAGAUGGAGGAAUGUGCUGAAAUGUCCCCAGCCCUUCCUCCCUCUCACGGCCCGACCCCUUCACAGACAGCCCUGCAACAUACACAGCUCAUGCUGACCGGCUCCCAACUAGCAGGGUUGACAGCUCUGUUGCCAGCCCAGCAGCAGUUGUUGCUGCAGCAGGCUCAGGCUCAGCUACUGGCUGCAGCUGUUCAGCAGUCCAAUGCAGCCCAUGCAGCUCAUGCCGCCCAUGCAGCCGCCCAAGCCAAUCAGCAAGCUCAGGCAGCUGCAGCAGCAAAUCAGCAAGCCCAGCAGCAACAGCAGCAGCAAGCGGGACAAACGGGGCAGCAGGCUCAGCCACAGUCCCAGGGACAGGGACAGAGCACACAGGAACAGACAGUCCAAAGUGUCCCUGUCCCACCUCCUCCACCCCAGCUUACCCUUUCCCAGCCAAUUCAGCUUACCGCCCAGGACAUUCAGCAGUUGCUUCAGCUUCAGCAGUUAGUGCUGGUGCCUGGUCACCCACUCCCAUCUCCUGCCCAGUUCCUCCUCCCACAGGCACAGCAGGGCCAGCAAGGACUCCUAUCAACACCAAAUCUUAUUCCGCUACCUCAGCAAAACCAAGGGAGCCUGCUCUCUGCUCAAACUAGAAUGGGACUCCAAGCACAGCCAUCCCCCCUGCAGCGAGACAAGUGUCUGGAUGUGAGCGUGGGUGGAGGCGUGACCACGGUACCCUCAGUGACCUCUCACCCAGAGGAGCCCAGUGACCUGGAAGAACUGGAACAGUUUGCCCGCACUUUCAAACAGAGACGCAUCAAACUGGGCUUCACACAGGGAGAUGUGGGCUUGGCCAUGGGGAAGCUAUACGGCAAUGACUUCAGUCAGACCACCAUCUCCCGCUUUGAAGCUCUCAACCUAAGCUUUAAGAACAUGUGCAAGCUGAAGCCACUGCUGGAGAAGUGGCUCAAUGAUGCAGAAACCAUGUCCAUAGACAGCACCCUGCCCAGCCCCAGCUCCCUGUCCUCUCCCUCUCUGGGCUUUGAGGGGCUUCCUGGUCGCCGCAGAAAGAAGAGAACCAGCAUCGAGACAAAUGUACGUGUGGCCCUGGAGCGCGCAUUUCUGACGAACCAGAAGCCUACCUCAGAAGAGAUCCUGCUGAUUGCCGAGCAGCUCAACAUGGAGAAGGAGGUGAUCCGGGUCUGGUUCUGUAACCGCCGGCAGAAAGAGAAGCGCAUCAAUCCCACGAGUGCCACCCCUCCCCUGCCCAGCCAGCCCCCCACUGCCCCAUCAACGCACAAACCACCCUGCUACAGCCCUCACAUGAUGUCCAGCCAGCUGUCGCAGGCUGUGACCAGUCUAAGCAGCACAACGGUGACUACCAUGUCCUCCGUCUGCCCUCUGACUUCCAGCCUCACCUCCACCCACCCUUCUCUCAGCUCUGCACCCUCUCCAGCUACUCCUCCGCCUCCUCCCCGCAGCACAGCCAGCCCAGCCACUCCCAGCCACAGCACACUCAACCUUAACACGGGCUUAUGGCGUAUGGGUAAAAAGAACGGUGACGUGUCAAACUACAUCACCGAUUUUGCUGCAAACUUGAGGAACACUGUGAUGGGAGUUAACACAGGGAUGAACCAAGCCCUCCUCGGUAACAAUCCCCUGGCCACUAUCCAAGCCCUAGCAGCCAGUGGUGGCCAGCUGCCUCUUUCCACUCUUGAGGGGGCCAGCAAGGUGAUGCUGGGGGCCUCAGGGGGCCAGGGAGGGGGCCUCCCCUCCUCCCUCUUUCUCAACCACCCUGCUCUCCUCCACAUGGGCCAGAAUCCCAGUGCUGGACUUGUCAGCGCUGCUGUAGCCAAAGUUUCCCACCCAUCACCUUUCCCCUCGGCCAGCAGCAUCAGCCCCACACCCUGUUCCCCCUCUCCUUGCUCUAGCCCCGCCUCUUCCUGCUCCUCCAGUGAAAUGGCACACAGCCCGCCCUCUCUCGGCGGGGCUAAGAUUGAGUGACCAGCGCCAAGGGCCAAUCAGAGAAGAGGAGGAAGGAAGAAACAAGAACCUUGCCUUUCACACCAAAGCUAUCUCUUUCUCUCUCUUGUGCUCUUCUUCCAUUAUAUUUUUCACAAUGGCUCUCUCUCUCUUUCUCUCCCGGUCUUUCGAUGCCAAAAAUACACAGAAUGAAAGAGGAGAGAGGGAGGGAAAGAAGUGAAAGAAGGGAGAAGGGGGGAAAGGGAAAGAUUGAAACCAAAAAUCUUUAUCUAUCCAAACAGAUGGAAAUGAGGCAACGUGGGACCUUUUUGUCAAUACCAUGUGAUAUCGACGUGGCACCUCUCUGCUCUUUCUCUCUGAAGGAAAACAAACCAAUGACUCUAACGAAGGGACGAAGGAGACGGCAGAGAUGCUUGUUGAAGUGCAUAAACCAAAAAUGACAAAACAUAACUUUACUAUAUAACAAAGAAAUGGCGGCAAGGACAAGAAAAAAGAAGAGGACUGUGCUAACAUUUCCUUUUUUUCUAUUAUUUUGAAAAGCUGCGGGUCUGAAGGAAGAGGAGUGGGGAGGAUAUGUUUAAACCAAAAAUUUACCUGAGGAGGAGACGGAAGAGGAAUACACAAUGACAAAAAAAAACUAACAAAAAAAAACAAGAACAAAAAAAAAAAAACAACAACCAUACCAAAAUCCCAAAUACCAAAAACCAAAAAUACGGAGAGAAAAGCUUUAUUCAAAGGACGUGUAAAUACUGAAGCUAUCCAGGACCAGGACUCUACUGCUACUGCUACACACACACACACACACACACACACACACACACACACACACACACACAUCAAGAGCCAAUCCAUCCUGUCAUCGACUCAUCCUGUCUGUGUCAGCUCAUGUGUCCCUUAUAGGCUUUCAUGCUUAAUAUCUUGAAUGAAUCUGUAAAAUAUUACUUUUUGUCAAGAGCUCAUGUAUGAAUGAUUGCCAGUCCUGCUGAGUCUUCAUGCGUUUAGUCUUUUUACCUACCUCUGGUUAUAAGAGCAUAGAAUAGUUUGCAUUUCACCUUUUUAUUUCAGAUUUUCUUGACAAGCUUAUUUUUCUUACACUUUGACAAGUAUAGUUUGGGAUUAGUUUUUUUUUAUUAAUAUUAUUUAUUAGUGUCAUGACAGAAUUCAGCUCCUAUUUAUUCUUGCACACUAUUAUAGUGUUAGCGCUGGAGUUUUAAUCUUCAUCAUUGUCAUCAUCCUUGGUUUCAUGGCCUAUUUCUGUCAUCAACCUGCGUUUUGUUUUAAAUGUGACUUUUCUGCAGCAACGCAGAUGAUAAACGGUGAAAAAGAUAGUCAUCUCAGUCCUCACCAAGUGCCAAUAGAUCAAAGACAGACUUGGCAUAUUGCGAGUUGAUUUCAAGGUGUGAAUAAAUUUAUUAAGACCUAAGCGUUUGACAUUUCGUGCUCUUAAUCAGGCCACUCUUUCCUCACUCUGAAAGAUAACCCAUUAUCCAGUGACUCCGUGGCUAAAUGAACAUGCCCUGGAAACUUCACAGACUAUUUGUUAAGAGUGGCAACCGUUUUAAGAGUAUGAAAUAGGGCUGUGAUUGCAGAAAUAAAGUAAUAUCUGUUGAUACUGAAGGAUAAAUAAGUCAAUAAAGCCAAGUUUAGUCACAGCUGGCUCUCGUUCCUGCCUUGUCAAUCAGCAUAGAUGCCCCGACACCUGUAUGUCUAGACAUGUUUACUGAUAUUUGUCUGUUCUCAUCAUCACUUCAUCAAUCACAUUUCACUGUCAUUUUCCACCUCUACCUGCCAUUAUUUCUCAAAUGGAAACCAAAGUAUUCUCAAGGCUGGGUUCUUCUUCAAGAGCCUUAGUCAAGAACACAAUAAAGACACAGAGGUGGUGGUGGUGGUGGUGGGGGGCUCGAGAACAGGAUGUCACCACUGGAAGCCCUCUGGUGUAAUCCCCCUCCACCUGGCCCAUCCAAAAACCCAUGGGGAAAGCUUUACAUAGGGAACUGAUCCUUUACUCUGAACCCCAGAAAGAAGGGUUACGAUGGGACAGGCAAAGGAGGGACACACUGUAGUGAGGGGAUCAGGCGUCACACUUUUUGUAAGAGGAUACCAAAAAUAAACACAAACCAAAAAAAAAAAAAACUAACAACCCACAACCCAAGGAAUGACAGAAGCAAACCAAAAAGAACCCAAACCAAAAGUGGCUGGAGAGAGGAGGUGAGGAGGACAAAGUGCAGGUGUUAAAGGAAGCGAAGCGACUCUGUCUGUCUGUCAGCUUUAGGGCCACGACACAGCCCCGCUCUGAAACUGUGUAGCAUGGAUGGAGGGGUAAAUAGACAGGCAGCUAGACAGGGAAGCAGAAGAAGGACGGACAGUUCCUCCCCUCCUCUGCCUCUCUCUUUCUCCAGCUCAGCUCUCUGGUCCUGGAUGGAGCUAAACGCAAAUGACCUCACUGAACUGAAAUCUUAUAAAAAUCUGUUUUUAUUUUUUUGUUGGUUGGUUCUGAUUGUUUUAUCUCUGCUGUGUCUCUUGAUGCCGUUUUAUGUACUGUACUUUAGUGCUUACUACUUAUUUGGAAUAACGUACUCGCUUACUUACUACAAGAGCUCCUUAUUUUUUUCGUAGUCGUGCUAGAGAUUUUUAUCAGGUGGUUGGAAAAAAUACUGUGAAAAUUUAGCUUCCAGAUUUUUAUUAGAUAAAGAAACAAACUGUCUUGAAAGGUAAAAAAAGACAACACAAAAAACCAAAAACAAAGAGUUGAAUAGGAAACCCUAAAAAUGCCAAACCAAAUACUGAACCAAACCAAACACAGUAGACAGAAACAGGAACUGCCUUCUCUGUGUGAGGGCAAAGAAAUGGGUUAGUGUCAAUUUGUCUGAGGUGUAACUGUGUGUCUUUCUGUAUUUAAGUUAAUGGUUUAAAUGGUUAAAAAAAUGUAAUGAAUAUGGUCUGCAGUGAUGUCUUGUCACACAUUUUGACCACAAAGGCAGCAGUGUAAGAUACACUUAUUGCAGAAUAAUACACACAGUAAAGGCCUCAGUUAAAUUGAAUGGAUGAGAGUUGGACGUAAACCUAUCCAAAGAAUAUUUGGUUUGAUCCACACAAGAAAAACCGCUGACACACGAGAAUCGUUUCACAAACCAAACCUUAGAUGUGGGGUUUGCACCUUAAAGGUGAAACCUUUUCUCCACAUUGACUCUUAGACGGAAUGUAUCUGUUAGUGCUUCUAUAGAUUUUGUAGAAAAAAGAUAUAUGUUCUAUUGCUUACUUAUCGCUAAUGUAUGAAAAAGAAAAAACUUACAAAAAAGCCUUUGAGAAAAAAAGAUCCUAAAAACAUUGAUGAUAAUAACUUGAUUUUAGACCAAAAAUUUUAACUAUCUCUCUUUGGACGUUUCAUUUCUCUUUAUGAUUCAUGAUUUAGACUUUUGAUUGUACUAUUUAUUCAGAGUAGAUUUGAUUUACUUGCUUGUUAUCUUAUUUGUGUUGUUAUUUAUUUGUUAAUUUAUUUCUAGAGGUGCUUUUUUCGUAUUCUAUGAUGUAUUUGUGACAGAUUUUUUAUUAUUUUUUUUACCCCUGCUGAAGUUCUUUCUUACUUCUUUAAACCAAAUGAUAGCAGAAAUGCAACCUAGGGUCCUGUAGGGACUUAAUAAGAGAACACAGUCGACUGAUGGUCAGUCACAAAGAAAUUCUCUUCCUCACUGGGACAACUUUCCUCCUCAAAGGGAAGGGACGCUCACAGUACUGAGAGGCAGCACUGUGGCGACCAACCCCCCGUGAUUUGCAGGUGUUUACAGGGGAAAAAAAUUCAGUGGGUGGGAGUUUUAUGUUUUCCUUUGUGUCUUCUUGUAAUUAGACAAAGAAGCCAUGCUGAAAUUCAGUUCCAGUGACAAAAGCAUAGAUAUGAUUUUUGCCUACAUGGGGUGUUCUUUGAGGCACAGUGCUGCUUCUGUUCUCUAUAUUUUCUCCACAGGGAGAACACAGUGAAAGCUUUACAGCUAUACAACCAAAAACGCAAAAGAAGAAGAUCAGCUGAGGCAAAGGCUAAAGUGUUUUUACGUGAUAGUAAGGAAACAGAGAGGCACAAGAGAAAGAGGGUGAUUUCGGAUUCCCAGCAGUAAAUCACCCUCCAGCUUCUCUUUUUGUCUCUGUUUUUAUGUUUCUGUAUCUCUUUUUCUUUCCACUUUUCUGUACGUUGGUUUCAACCUUUUUCUUCAUCCAGUGUAGGAUGUAAAAGAGAGAUAGUUCAUCAUAUACCUCAUAUUCUUUGAUGAUAAACCAAAUAGAUGAAUGCUUUAAAAUGCGGGGCUCAGGUGGGGAUCAGGGUGCCGGGAUGGUGCGUGUGGACAGUGUGCUUGUAUUGGCUGGGAGCAGACUGAGAAAGGUCAAAGGUGGUUGUCCCAAUAGAAGUAAACACAGGUUUGGGAUCAACGAUGGAAGUAAAAGAUCAUUGAGUAAAUUGCAAGUUUACUCCAUUAGAUUCAGAUGGUGCCACUUAAGGUCAAGAGGCCAUAUUGGUUUAUGCUCUGGUCUACUCUCACACACACACACACACACACACACACACACACACACACACACACACACACACACACACACACACACACACACAGGCCUCGUCCCCCUGAUAAACGCCCACGCUGUCUGUGUUGAGCUUUGAACACAGCCCUCACCUCACAUCUGACCCUUACUGCUGUCACCCCGUCGCACAUGGACUGUGGGCUUAGAGCUGCUCUUUGGCCCAAAUCUAAGAUCAAAUCUGGAUCCAUUUUUUGGCUUAAAAAAGCUUCUGGAUUCAUGCCUCUGAGCAACUUUAUCGUCAAGGUCGCCAAGCCCUCUCUUACCUUUAGGUCCGUGUUGCUGGAUGAGGGGGCAUGUUGACCGUUUGGUGUCCACGUGUAUCAGGGAGCACUGUAGGGCGGGUAACCAGGGAACGGCUGACGCUGAGGUUGCUAGGUGACAGAUACUUCUCACAAGUUAGCGUGUGAUGAGAGAAGGGAAGUUGUAGGAAGAGGUGUGCAUGCGAUUAAAACAUCUGGAUUCUCCCUGAGAGUCCAUUUCCUUGUUUUGCUCUCUUUGUCUCUCUUGUGUAUUUGGAGGAAGUGGAUGCAGAGCGGCACUCCUCUGUGAACCUCAGAGUUUUAGGAAGCUAUGAGUAAAGUGCUGGUCUCUGUGGUGGGGAUACCCCAUUAGUGAAUGAUACCAAAGUCUAUGCCCCGCCACGUGAAUCAGCACCAUGUCCACGAUCCCUAAAAACCUGAUAUCCACAGAGUCUUCCCAAACUCCAUUUUCCUCUAUACAACUUAUUCAUACGUAUUUUUUCUUCACAUAAUUAAAUCGUCUCUUCCAACUACAGGUGUACCUUCACAGCAGCAUCUGGGUAAGUAGCUUUAGAGGAACAGUUUUGUAAUUCAGUUUUUUGGUAAAUGUUUGCUUUCUUUCAGAAAGUUAGAUGUGGCUCCACCCAGCAUGCAGUUAGCAUGAAAAAUGGAAGCAGGGGCAGGGGAAGUUAGUGCUGCUGGCCAAAACGUCGUUCCACAUAAAACCACACACUGAUGGGUUUGCACUUCAGUUUUUGUGCAGCAAAAAAAAAAAAAACACACCAUGUGACAUCUUAAUAGGUGAGUUUUACAGGUGCUGGUAGCUUCUUUUGCUUUCCUGUGAACCAUAAAGGUGUUUAGUACAUCUAUAACAGAUUUUUUUAUCCAGUUUUUAAAAAUGAAUGAGCAACUUUUAAGCACCGUACAUGAAUAUUAUUGACAGUAAAGGCUACAUAAACAGUUAUGACAUGAAUAGGCCUAUUUUUUGGGUGUUUUUUACUAAAUUGAAAGUAACUGCUUGAGCCAGCAGCAGACUGAACUUUGUACUGAAAUGAAGACAGUCUGAAUGAUUACAAAUGGUAAUAAAUAUGCAUUUCAACAGUGACAUUCAUGUUUUUUUUCUACAAAAAGGAACAAACUUUAUAGUCAGUAGCAGCACACCUGUGAGAAUCAUUCAAUUACCUCUUCUGUUUUAGGAUAACCAACCUGGCUGCAGAUUCAUAUUUACCAUGCAGACAUCGAGGUGCUGCAGUCUUCUCAUCUAACUCUUGGAAAGAAAGCAAAUAAGAGUGUUUACCAAAACAUUUAACUAUUCCUUCGAAAUGAAGCAUCAACACCUAAUUGAAAUUAUGUAAAGAUGAGAGAAUGUGUGUCUCUGGGCAGGAAGCCAUAAUAGAUGGCACUGCCAGAGAAAGAGAGACAAAAGAGAGCAAAGAAAACAACAAAGCUGCUACUUCUUCCUCUGCCCACUGUCAUCCACACAUACAUGCACUUCCUAGCUUUCAUCCUUUUCUACUCUCUCUCUCUCUCGUACAAUACAGCUUUAGUCCAAAGGUUCUCCAGCAACACAGCAAAGCAAGUCAGAUGUUAAAGAAGAAAACCAAAGAGCUCUAACUUGACUUACUCUUCAACACAAAGCCUCCACUGCAUCCUUCGCCUUUCUCUUUCCAUUCCUUCCUGUCUGCUCUGCUUUAACUCGUCUGUCACCUAGUGAGCCGGUCUUGAAGCAUUAACCUCAGCUAUCCAAAGGGAAAUAAUAAUAAUAAUGAUGAUAAUUAAGAUGAUGCUGAUGAAAUGUAUAUUUUUAAGUAUUUGUCAUUGGAAAAAUAAUCUUAAGCUUCUCAUAAUUAUGGUGAUCACGACGAUGAUGACGACAACAAUGAUGACGAUGAUGAUAAUGAAGUUUCUCUUAUCUUUGUAGCUGUUCUGAUCCUUCUUGAGUUUGUGUCUUUUCUGCUUGUGCUGCCAGAGUACUGCUUAACUCCCAUCACCUUCCUCCCUCGUUUUUCUUUUGGCUUACCCCAAUGUUUGGUCCUAACGUCUACCUGUCCAACCUUUACCCUUAGAUGUUUGUCUACUCCUCCAAUGUGUGUGUGUGAUAGAGUGUGUGUGUGUGUGUGUGUGUGUGUGUGUGCGUGUGUGCGUGUGUGUGUGUGUGUGUGUGUGUGUAAGAGCAAACUGUUAAACCCUGACAAGGGGAAGUUUAAAAUUUUCUCUGGAAGUGGUUUCUUGUUGUUAGCUGUUUAAAAGGGGGAGGGUUCCAGUCUGUCAGUUUGUUACAUGCCCACCUGUGAGCAUGUGUGUGUGUGUGUGUGUGUGUGUGUGUGUGACUGGGUGGGCUGUGGGUUGUUGGAAAGUGGGAUGGGUGCGGUAGACAAAAAGACUCCUUGUUCUAUGGACAACAACAAACCCCAACACACGAUCUGUACUGUCAACUGUAACGUACUGUUUGCCAACUUCCUAGUAAAUGUAGCUUUAAUUCCCCCUGUCACAACAGUCAGCUUGUGUCCCUAUUGUGCGUGAGUGAAUAUAUGUGUGCAGGUAUGGUUGAGUCACUCUCCCCUUGUGUCUUCUAUCCUGUGAUCAGUCUCACCCCCCCUUCCCUUCCCUUUUAGUCUGCCCCCCUUCUUCUCCUUUGUGGUAGCAAGUUAGCCUUUUAGUGUGUUUAUCUGAAAAACCAAAAAAAAAAAGAAGAAAAAUUACUCUGCUUGUUCAUUGUACAGUGUUGUUCAUUUUAAGUCAUUUUUGUAACUGAAAGUGUUUCAUUCAUCCAAAUAAAACAGGAGACAAAAACUGUACAGAUGA